UUAGAAAUAUAAUAUUAUUGAAUUGAAUGAAAAACAGAGUAUCAUGGGUUUCGUUUUCUUGCAAGUGUAUUUUGUCUUUACAAUGUUUCUCUAAUUGUCUCUACACUUACGCUACAAAAAAACACAAAAGACAAUUCUUUUUCACACCAAAAAUCCCAGAUAAAGGGAACUCCCUUUGUCUUCUCUCUCUCUCUCUCUUCCACCCAUAAUACAAGCAAACACACAAGAAUAACCUGCGACCUAAGUUUUUCCUCUAAUUAUUCCUAUCACACGUACAACAAACUUGUCUUCACCUCUUUUCACAUGUUGGUUUCUUUCUCAACCACAAAAACAGAGUAUUAACCAUUUUUUUUAAUCUCUUCUUCAAAAAAUAAUGAGAGGUUUAACAUCUUGUUACAAUGAACAUGCCAUUAGAGUUUCUGAUUUAUAUUGUUCAAGACCUUCAAAUUCAACUCAUUCUUAUCUUGUUCCAAAACUAAAUAACCCUUCAACUCAAAAUUCAGUUACAAAUACAUAUAAACUCAAUCAUCAUAAACAAUUUCUCAUAACACUAACUUGGACCAAGAAACUCAUUGGUCAAGGUUUCAUCAUAAACAUCACAAAUAACAACACUUUUUCUGAUUCUGAUUCUGUUUCUAGUUCUAGUUCUGAUUCAAAUAACAACCCUCCUCUGUUUUUGAUGAAAAACAGAGGAACUGAAACUUUUCAAUUUCAAAACUUUGAAGUUAAACUUUUAUGGGAUCUUUCUGUAGCUAAAUAUGAUGGACCUGAACCGGUUAAUGGGUUUUACGUGAUGGUAUUGGUGGAUUCUGAAUUGGGUCUUUUUCUUGGAGACAAAGAAGAUGAAUCGUUGAAGAAAAAUCAUGGAGUGAAAUUCUCAAUGGUUUCAAGAAGUGAAAGAUUUUAUGGUACAACUAGUACAAGUACAAGUGUUUAUGCAACAAAGGCAAAGUUUUGUGAAAGUGGAAAUUUUCAUGAGAUAUUGAUAAAGUGUGGUGUUGAAGAUGAAGGAUCAAAGAGUAACGUGUUGUGUUUGUUUAUGGAUAAGAAGAUGGUUUUUAAAGUUAAGAGAUUGAAGUGGAAUUUUCGUGGGAAUCAAACGAUUUUUGUGGAUGGUUUAGUUGUGGAUUUGAUGUGGGAUUUGCAUGAUUGGAUUUUCAAUCUUAGUGAUGAUAAUAAUAACUCUGAUUCUGCUGUUUUUUUGUUUAGAACAAGGAGUGGUUUGGAUAGUAGAUUAUGGUUGGAAGAGAAGAAUUUGCAGAAGCAAAAGGAACAAGAUAGAAUUGGAUUCUCUUUGUUGAUAUGUGGAUGUAAGAAACUUGAUUGAUUCUAUCUUUUUGUUUAAACUGUUUUUUUUUUUUUUUUGAAUACUGAAAAAAACUGAUAACAUAUGUGACAUGAUAACAUAUCUUUUGUUUUUGAUUUGUAUUGCGAUAUCUGUUCUGAAAGAAUGGAUGCAGAUUUUAAGGUAAUUUGUGAUUACAUAGUACUUUUGGUUUUAACCACCAAUAUAGACUGUCUAAUCUGGUUCACAGGUUAGUUCUGA